GAUGUCUCGCGCCGCCUCUCUGCCUCCCCGGUGACCAAGGUCGCUCCCCGGUGUCUGUUAACUGAAGUCGGGGUUCAACGCUCUGUUUUGGGGAGUAAAGCGCCCGAAUGUAGCCUCAGUGCUGGGACGUGAUGCAGCUGAUGUAGCCGAGCCUGCAAACCUGCCCCCACGGAAAGAGAACACGAGACUUCUCCACCAAGCCGCGCGCGCGUGCGGAUAAGCCUGAUCAAUUCAUUUGAGACGGGGGGGUGUUAGUUAAAAGAUGGAAACGAUAUUUUUUUUUAUCCAGUUCGAAGGAAAGUUCAGCUCGUCAUUGAUGACUCUCCCCGCACUCGUCACCCCCAUUUUCAGCUGCUGCCUUGAGAGAGGCGCUGUAGAAGGCUGCCAGAUCAGCUGGAGCUGUAGGAGUCUGCGUGGCGACGUCAUAAGGGCCGAGCGAGCGCUUGCGGGUGCUCUAGGGGCCUGUUGGCGUGUCGGUGUGUUUUUGCAAAGCAGCGCCGGGAGCUUGCUCGGGUCUCCCUGGACAGACGGAGCCACGAUGCUGGCGGCGCCGCGGAAGGCUGUGCUCGCCGGGGUUCGCUCGGCACCGGCUCUUAGCGCAGUAUGGAGGUGUGAGCGAAGGCAGCACUCGGAACUGGGGGGUGUGGCGCCCCCUGGAGGAGAACAACAGUACCCCCACCUGUACCAGAGCCACAUCCCCACCAACCCCCUGCAGAAGGCACUACUGGCUGUGGGCUCAGGCAUCGCCGCGCUGCGGGACCCCUACCGGCACGGUGAGACCCCUGCCUCUCCUUUCUCUUCCCUUACUCCAAACGCUCACGUUUCACCUCCUCCUCCUCCCUGGCCUGUCUGUCGCGCAGACAUGGUGGCGGUGCUGGGCGAGACGACCGGACAGCUGGCUCUGCGCCGGCUGAGGGACGAGAUGCGGAGAGACCCGGAGGGCUGCAGCAUCCUGCAGGAACGCCCCCGGAUCCGCCUGUCCACUCUGGACCCGUGUGCGCUGGGCUCGCUGCCGGAGGGCUCGCUGGGGCGAGAGUACCUGCGCUUUCUCCAGAGGAAUAAGGUGACCCCGGACUCCCGGGCGGAGGUGAAGUUUGUGGACGACGAGGAGCUGGCCUACGUCAUGCUGCGCUACCGCGAGGUGCACGACCUCAUGCACACGCUGCUGGGCAUGCCCACCAACAUGCUGGGGGAGGUGGCGGUGAAGUGGUUCGAAGCUGCCCAGACCGGCCUGCCCAUGUGCAUCCUGGGAGCAGCCCUUGGGCCUCUGCGCCUCUCUGCAAGGCGGCUGCAGCUCCUGGCCGGCACGCUGGCCCCCUGGGCGCUGCGCAGUGGCCGAGGCGCCCGCUGCGUGCUGACCGUCUUCUACGAGCAGCGCUGGGCGCAGAGCCUGGCGGAGCUGCGGGAGGAGCUGGGCAUCGAGCCGCCGCCGCCUCUCGCCAUCUGAGUCCUGCUCCUGCCGAGCCAGCGAGGUCCACUCCGGGUCUUCUCCGCUCCAGAGGGGCGAUACGGUUCUACAGAUGAGGCGUCAAGCGAGUAGGUGCUGACUGUUGUUGCCAGAACCUGCAGCUGAGACAACCGAAAUGGAUCCGAGUGCCGGACGGGGGAGUCUUCUCGCCCUGCCUCAAACACCUGGCCCGGACACCGCUGGACGGGAGAGCAGGGAGUCCUGUUAGAGGCAGUAGCAAGUAUGUCUGUGGAAGCUCCUGGACUGAGCGUGUGGUUUUGGGGUGAUCUCCUGAAGUAAAAGCGAGCUGAACUGGAGCCGAGGACACAGGAAUUGAAAUGAACCCCUCACCGCAACCCUGAACCUCUGGCUUCCCCCGCGGCUGGGGGACCCCCUGCAGAUCCUCCGGGUGGGACAGGUGCCAUGAGGGGUGGGGUCAAAGGUCAGAUAGGGGGCUCUUAACCUGUGUAACCCCUCAGUGCACAGUCCAGGUUUUGGGACGGUUCAAAAGGGACUGUCUGCUAACUACCCUGCGUGUGUGUGUGGGGGGAUUUAGAAACUGCAGCAGGACCCUUCAUUAAACUUCAAUAAAACUGCA